GCAGCACUGCAGAUACUGACUGAGUCCGGGGCUCAGCUUGGAGCAUCGACCGAGAAACGAAGAUCCAUUGCUCUCAACCUCUGUGUGUGUGUGUGUGUGUCAGUGAACGUGUAUGUUUGUGUAAGAGCUGGUGUGUCAUUCACUGCUCUGCCUGCGUAUCCUUGCGUAUCUGUGUCAUCGGCCCUCUCCCUGCGCCCCUGUGCUGAGGAGGCGUUGGGCAGUAUGGACUGUGCGCUGGCCGGGACCCCCCCCCACGGAUCUAGGCUGCCCCCCCAGGACGGGCACACACCGCACCUCUGCUGAUGGGCGAGGACACUGACACCACCCGAACACUGAACCACAGCUUCCUCCGAGACCACAACUAUGUGACUGAAGGGCUGCUCGUGGCUUUAGCCUGAAGAGCCCGCCCCGCCUCCUCCCCUCUCCCGGACUCCUCCCCCAGGAUGUUGAACCCUAUCCAGGUCCUGUGCUCCGACAUCACUUCCCUCUCUCUGGAGCCCGAGCCGUUUGCCUCUUACACUGAAGCUGAUAUCAUCUCCACUGUUGAGUUCAACCACACUGGAGAGCUCCUGGCCACAGGGGACAAGGGGGGACGUGUGGUCAUCUUCCAGAGGGAACCUGAGGGUAAGACAGAGCCAUUCUCCCAGGGGGAGUAUAAUGUCUACAACACCUUCCAGAGUCAUGAGCCGGAGUUUGACUACCUGAAGAGUCUGGAGAUAGAGGAGAAGAUCAACAAGAUACGAUGGCUGCCACAGCAGAACGCUGCCCACUUCCUCCUCUCCACCAAUGAUAAGACCGUUAAGCUGUGGAAGGUGAGUGAGCGGGACAAGAGGCCUGAAGGCUACAACCUGAAGGAUGAGGAGGGCAGGAUGAAGAACCUCUCCACUGUCACCUCACUACAGGUGCCGGUGUUGAAGCCCAUGGAUCUGAUGGUGGAGGUGAGUCCUCGGCGUGUCUUUGCCAACGCCCACACCUACCAUGUCAACUCCAUCUCUGUCAACUCUGACCAUGAGACCUACAUGUCAGCUGACGACCUGAGGAUCAACCUCUGGCACCUGGGCAUCAGCAACCGCAGCUUCAACAUCGUGGAUAUCAAGCCAGUGAACAUGGAGGAUCUGACAGAGGUGAUAACAGCAGCAGAGUUCCAUCCUCACCACUGUAACCUGUUGGUCUAUAGCAGCAGUAAGGGAACUCUACGGCUCUGUGACAUGAGAGAGGCCGCACUGUGUGACAAACACUCCAAACUGUUUGAGGAGCCGGAAGACCCCAGUAACCGCUCCUUCUUCUCUGAGAUCAUCUCGUCUGUGUCGGACGUGAAGUUCAGCCACAGCGGGCGCUACCUGCUGACCAGAGACUACCUCACUGCCAAGGUGUGGGACCUCAACAUGGAGAACAAGCCCCUGGAGAUAUACCAGGUGCAUGAAUACCUCCGCAGCAAGCUUUGCUCCCUGUACGAGAACGACUGCAUCUUCGACAAGUUUGAGUGUGUCUGGAACGGCUCAGACAGUGUGAUCAUGACUGGGGCCUACAACAAUUUCUUCCGGAUGUUUGACCGGAACACCAACCGUGAUGUGACCCUGGAGGCGUCCAGGGAGAGCAGUAAGCCCCGGGCCGUGCUCAAGCCUCGGCGCGUCUGCCAGGGCGGGAAACGACGCAAGGAUGACAUCAGCGUGGACAGCCUGGACUUCACCAAGAAGAUCCUGCACACGGCCUGGCACCCCACGGAGAACAUCAUCGCCAUCGCUGCCACCAACAACCUGUACAUCUUCCAGGACAAACUCAACCAGGAGAUGCAUGGCUGAGAGAGAGAGAGAGCGGGAGGCUGGAGACACACACACACACACACACACACACACACACACACACACACACACACACACACACACACACACACACACACACACACACACACACACACACACACACACACACACACACACACACACACACACACACACACACACACUGAUGCAAACAUUCAUUCAGAUAGUAAGGCAAGCAAGAACAUGUAACAUAUGCACACACACACACACACACACACACACUCUCUCUCUAGAUGACAGGGAGAUGCUGUAAAGACACACACUCUCGCUCUCUCUCUAGAUGACAGGGAGGUGCUGUAAAGACACACACUCUCGCUCUCUCUCUAGAUGACAGGGAGGUGCUGUAAAGACACACACUCCGCAGUUCUCAAUGGAUGGACCGGUCCACCCUAGGACCAGACAGGGGGAGCUGGAUAACCCAAUAAGAAUGAUGCUGGAUUAUGGUUUAUGGAAUUCUAAAUCAUGGAUGUGUUGACUGUUGACCUCUGGAUUGUGGCUGAUCUGAUGGUGUUUGUUUUGCUAUUGGUCAUUUUUGCAUUCUGAGGGGUUUGACCUCUUGACAGGAGGAGCUUUCACAUGUGUCUGCCUUUUUCUGAUCAUCUGCCUCUUCCUCUUCUUCCCCUUCCUCCUCACUCUGUUUCUGUACAUGUCUGUGCUCAGUCAUCUCCUACAGUCUGGACUGAUUCUUGACGUUGGUGUAAAAAAACCUUUGUGGUUCCUGGUGGUAAACUAGUGGAAAUGUUUGCGGAAUGUUUGAAGUCUAAUUAUAGUUUUUUUGUUAAAUCAUGAAUUAUCAUUAAUGAUGAUGAUGGUGGUAAAAGUGAUGACAAUGACAGUUAAUGGUACAUGAGACAUUAGUCAGUAGGACGUUGGGUUCCACAAGGCUGUUAAUCCUGGUGUUUCAGUUGAUUGUGAAGACUGCUGGGGAACUUGGCUGUGUCGUGCUACUUUGCAAUGAAACACAAGGAAUGAAGCAAAAAUCAAGUCCAACAAUCAAGCAAAAAAAUAUGCUGCAUGAUGGAUUUUUUUUUUGUUUAUAUAAAUUUACUGGCUGCCUUUCUAACCAUAAACAGGCUGUAAAAAGGCUUCUGGAGCUCUGCCUCUACACAGCACUAGUUACCAUAGACAACAACAAAGAGCUCUCCUUUUGUUUGUGUUUACCGGACACAAAAAGCAUGUUUACCAGUGUUCAGUUUUACAGUGUACAUUUGAAAUGAAGCCCAAAUAAUACAUAGUUUUACAUGAAGAUACUGAACCAGAGGUAUGGGGAAUGUUUUAUCAACGAUGUAAACUAAACUGUUAAAGGAAUGUUUUAUCAACAUUGUAAUCUAAACCUUUAAAGGAAUGUUUUAUCAACGUUGUAAUCUAAACCUUUAAAGGAAUGUUUUAUCAACGUUGUAAUCUAAACCUUUAAAGGAAUGUUUUAUCAACGUUGUAAUCUAAAUCUUUAAAGGAAUGUUUUAUCAACAUUGUAAUCUAAACCUUUAAAGGAAUGUUUUAUCAACGUUGAAAUCUGAAACUUUAAAGGAAUGUUUUAUCAACAUUGUAAUCUAAACCUUUAAAGGAAUGUUUUAUCAACGUUGUAAUCUGAAACUUUAAAGGAAUGUUUUAUCAGGGUUGUAAUCUAAAUCUUUAAAAGAAUGUUUAAUCAACGUUGUAAUCUAAACCUUUAAAGGAACGUUUUAUCAGGGUUGUAAUCUAAACCUUUAAAGGGCCUGAAUGGUAUCUGCUGUAUAUUCAACUCUUUUUGACAUUUCUAGGUUUGUUGUUUCGGAUCAAGAACCAAGUGUGCAGAGCCGACCAUCUCUGACGAUGGUGCUCAUGGCAACAAGAGAGAGAUUAUUAAACUCUUCCCUCUGGCCUUUCAACAAAUUCAGAAUGUUUUGGAGAAGUUCUUGUUAAUUUAUGUAUUUUUUUACCAUCUGUCACUUGUGUUUGAUUUCAUGUCCUGCUGCACUGGCAUUGAUUCACAUAUUUUGUGUUCAUGUAUUUUCAACGGGAAAAAAAAUCUCAUGAACAAUUAUGAAUAAGUUGAUGUUAUUUUUUUUCUGAAUAAAGAUUUCAACAAUAUUGCAUCCUA